AUGGCGACCGUUAGACCCGUUGCGAAUGUAUACAGUACGAGCGGAAAGCAAGUAGUUGGGGAGGUGGAAAUUCCAGUUGUGUUUCAAACCCCAAUUAGAAACGAUUUAAUACAGGAUGUAUUUAAGAAUAUGUCUAAGAAUAGAAGACAUCCAUAUGCUGUGAAAUUAGGAGCAGGAUAUGAAACAUCAGCUGAAUCAUGGGGAACAGGAAGAGCUGUUGCAAGAAUUCCAAGAGUACCGGGUGGAGGUACACAUAGAGCUGGUCAAGGUGCAUUUGGUAAUAUGUGUAGAGGUGGUGGAAUGUUCAACCCUACGAAGAUAUGGAGAAGAUGGGGAAGGAAAGUGAACUUAAAGGAAAAAAGAUAUGCAGUUUGUUCAUCCAUUGCUGCUAGUGGUGUAACAUCCUUAGUUUUGGCUAGAGGACAUCGUAUUUCUAAUAUUAAAGAAGUUCCACUAGUGGUUAGUAAUGAUAUUGAAUCAAUUGGGAAAACAAAAGAUGCUCUAAAAUUUUUAAUUACAUUAGGGUUGAAGGAAGAAGUAAAUCGAUUAAUUAAAUCUAAAAAAAUAAGAGCAGGAAAGGGAAAAAUGAGAAAUAGAAAGUAUCGUAUGAGAAAUGGCCCCCUCAUUAUAUAUGACAAAGACGCUGGUGUGAAGAAAGCAUUUAGAAAUAUUCCAGGAGUUGAUUUAUGCAAAGUUACCAAGUUGAACUUAUUAAAAUUAGCACCUGGUGGAUCUAUAGGUAGAUUAUGCAUAUGGAGUGAAAGUGCUUUUAAAAAAUUGGAUGUUAUAUAUGGAAAGAUAUAUAAGAAAAAAAUUACCAAGAAGAAUUAUAUAUUACCCAAAUCGAUUAUGACAAAUCCAGAUAUUUAUAGAAUUAUUAGCAGCGAACAGGUACAAGCAACAUUACUAUCCAAAAAAAGACCAUGCAAGAAGAGAGUACAAAACAAGAACGCACUCACUAACUUUGCAGUUAGAUGUAGACUUAACCCUGCAUAUAAAUUACUUAGAUCAUUGGCCAUUAGAAGAAUCAAAAAGAGUAUGGAAGCCAAGAAGAAAAAUAAAAAAGAAAUGAGAAUUAAAAAGAAAAUUCAGAAAAAAGAAUUGCAAAAAGUAAACCAUGCUUACUACAAUGGAAUAGCCAAAUCUGUUAAGAAGAAGAAAAAGAAAGAAGAAAAAAAAGCAAAGACUAAGAAGGAUGAAAAUAAAGCUCUCCUUGGAACUGCUGCGGAUGAAUAA